AUGAGUUCCAAUGCUUCAACCAAGGGCGGUAGGGGCAAACCCAAGUCGUCCAAAUCCGUCUCUCGCUCCAGCAAGGCCGGUCUCCAGUUCCCUGUUGGCAGAAUCGCCCGGUUCCUUAAAGCCGGAAAGUACGCUGAGCGUGUUGGGGCUGGUGCCCCGGUCUACCUAGCCGCCGUCCUUGAAUACCUUGCAGCUGAGGUUUUGGAGCUUGCGGGAAAUGCGGCGAGGGACAACAAGAAGAACAGGAUUGUACCUAGGCACAUACAAUUGGCAGUCAGGAAUGAUGAGGAGUUGAGCAAGCUGCUGGGAAGUGUUACAAUUGCGAAUGGUGGUGUUUUGCCCAACAUUCAUCAGAACCUGUUGCCCAAAAAGGCUGGAGGAAGGGACAAGGAAAUCGGUUCUGCUUCGCAAGAAUUCUAG